AUGUACAAGAUUCUUGGUGUUGUUUUGGUAAGGACAUUCAUGGUUUUUAGUUACUAUUAUUUUAGGUAGUUAUUUUGUCAACGUAUGCUCAAGCUCAACAACCGCCAAUCGUGCCUCUUAAUAAAGAAUUCAACGUUGGUAAGGUUUUUGUUUUUAGUUAUUUAACUUUUGUUUUGAUUAAUGAGUUUAUAUAUUAUUAAUACAGCUAGUUUUACAAAUCUUUGAAGUACAACUCUUUCAAAAUAAGCAACCAACACCCUCUAUAGUAAACACGAAAUGUCGGUCAGUAUUUUACAGAGUGAUUUUUAAUGAAAAUUGCCUUGGCGAGGAAAAAUUUUUUGUUCUAUAAUGAGAGUCGCUUAUACAGAUAGUUUACUGUAUAAAGGCAACACUAUAUAACAAACCUAUGCUAUACUUUCAGGUAAAUCAAUCGAGAUCAUAUACAAUCUUACUAAGUUUGAUUUAAAUUUGGAGUUGUUGCCAACGACGAUCACAUCUUUGACCUUCGGCUGCUUCGAAGCGAAAAUAGUUUGCUUGUAUUUCGUGCAACACAUGGUAAUAAGAUAG